AUGGCAAGUCUACGAUUGGCAGGAUCCCGAUUAUGCUUGCGACAAGCUGUCAACAGUAUUCGUCAACCUAUCGCAAGACGGUCUGUAUCUUUUUAUAAUUCACACGUUGCCGGAUUGAAUGAUGAACAAAAUGAAUUACGUGAAGCAGUAUCAAGUUGGGCAGAAAAAGAAUUAGCACCAAGAGCAAGCGAAAUUGAUGCGACAAACAAAAGUCCAAUGGAUUUAUGGCCAAAAUUAGGUGAAAUGGGAUUACUGGGUAUCACCGUUCCAGAAGAAGAUGGUGGAUUAGGUAAAGGAUAUUUUGAACAUACUCUUGUAAUGGAAGAACUUUCAAGAGCUUCUGGUUCGGUUGCCCUUUCUUAUGGUGCACAUUCCAACUUAUGCGUCAAUCAAAUCAGAAGACAUGGAACACCUGCUCAAAAGGCAAAAUAUCUUCCAGAUCUGAUUGCAGGAACAAAAGUAGGUUCGUUGGCUAUGAGUGAACCCGGAAGUGGAAGUGAUGUGGUCAGUAUGCGGUCGACUGCAAUCAAAAAGGGUGACAGGUACAUCUUAAACGGAAGCAAAUUCUGGAUCACAAACGGACCUGUCUCUUCCACUUUUGUCAUCUAUGCGAAAACAUCUCCGGAAAAGGGCUCAAAAGGCAUCACAGCUUUCAUCGUUGAGAGGGAUUGGAAGGGAUUCUCUACUUCACCCAAACUCGACAAGGUCGGAAUGCGUGGUUCGGAUACCUGUGAACUAGUCUUUGAAAACGUUGAAAUUCCAGAAGAGAACGUUUUGGGCAAAGUAGAUGGAGGUGCAGCAGUCUUGAUGUCAGGUUUAGAUUUGGAAAGAUUGGUUUUAUCUGGAGGCCCGUUAGGUUUGAUGCAAUCAGCUUUCGAUUUUGCAACAGAUUACGCACAUCAACGUACCCAAUUCGGAAAACGAAUCGCAGAAUUUCAACUCAUGCAAGGAAAGAUUGCAGAUAUGUAUACCAAAUUGAGCGCUGCUCGAUCAUACGUUUAUGCAGUUGCAAGAGCAUGUGAUGCCGGUCAUAUCUCUAGGCGUGAUUGUGCAGGCGCAAUCCUUUACUCAACCGAUCGUGCCAUUGAAGUGGCUCUAGAAGGAAUGCAAACGUUAGGUGGUAAUGGUUACAUCAAGGAAUACCCAAUGGGUAGAAUUCUAAUGGAUAGCCGUUUAUACGCUGUAGGAGCCGGAACACAGGAAAUCCGCCGAAUGUUGAUCGGAAGAACAUUCAACGAGGAGCUUGCUUGA